UACUGAGCCAAUGUGUCGACGGUAGAAAUGCCGGAAACGUUAGGCGGUGUGCCUGAGUCCGAGUCGUAGAACAAGACGUGUCUGAAUGAUUGAUCUAUUGAUUGAUCGAUUGAUUGAUUGAUUGGAUAGUGGCAGGGAAGCUGAACGGAAAAAUGCGGCGCUGAAGUUGGAACAACGAUUUAAAAAAGAAGGCGGCUCAAUGGUGCUCGAACCCAGAGCCUUCAGGACCCCGCUUCCCCGAUGACAGAGUCAUGGGCCAGAGAAAGAGGCCCGGCGCCAGGGGGUCCCUGACGAGCGCGACCCCUGGCCGGAUCGCCCUUCCGGCGCGCAAAUCGGCGAAGCACAACGUGUGCAUGGUGUCGGACUUCUUUUACCCCAACAUGGGGGGUGUGGAAAGCCACAUCUACCAGCUCUCUCAGUGUCUGAUCGAGAAAGGGCACAAAGUGAUCGUCGUCACCCACGCGUACGGAAACCGCAAGGGCAUCCGCUACCUCAGCAGCGGUCUUAAAGUGUACUACCUGCCUCUGCAGGUGAUGUACAACCAGUCCACGGUGACCACCUGCUUCCACAGCCUACCUCUCCUCCGCUGCAUCUUUGUGCGGGAGCGGAUCACGGUGGUCCACGCCCACAGCUCCUUCUCGGCCAUGGCUCACGACUCCCUGUUCCACGCCAAAGCCAUGGGCCUGAACACGGUUUUCACGGACCACUCGCUCUUCGGCUUCGCCGACGUCAGCUCGGUGCUCACCAACAAGCUGCUCACCAUCUCGCUCUGCGACACCAACCACAUCAUCUGUGUCUCCUACACCAGCAAGGAGAACACUGUGCUGAGGGCGGCCUUGGACCCCGAGAUCGUGUCUGUAAUUCCCAACGCCGUGGAUCCCGGUGACUUCACUCCCGAUCCCUCCAAAAGGGACGACGGCAAAAUAACCAUCGUGGUGGUCAGUCGGCUCGUCUACAGAAAGGGAAUCGACUUGCUCGGUGGGAUCAUUCCUGAGCUCUGCCUCAAAUAUCCCGAUUUGCAUUUUUUGAUCGGCGGGGAGGGGCCCAAGCGCAUCGUGCUCGAGGAGGUCAGGGAGAAGUAUCAGCUGCAUGACAGGGUCCGUCUCCUAGGGGCCCUAGAACACAAGGAUGUGAGGAACGUUCUAGUUCAGGGACACAUCUUCCUUAACACUUCGCUGACUGAAGCAUUCUGCAUGGCCAUCGUGGAGGGAGCCAGCUGUGGACUCCAGGUGGUGAGCACCCGUGUGGGUGGCAUCCCGGAGGUGCUCCCAGAAGACCUGAUCACGCUAUGCGAGCCCACCGUGGGCUCUCUGUGCGAGGGCUUGGAGCUGGUCAUCGGCAGGCAGCGAGCGGGAACCGCGCCGCCCCCCGCUGCGGUCCACUCUCGCGUGCGUACUCUGUACACCUGGAGGAACGUGGCCGAGCGCACGGAAAAGGUCUAUGACCGUGUGGCCACGGCAGCGGUUCUGCCCCUGGACCAACGUCUCCGCCGACUGAGGGCGCGCUGCGGCCCGGUCGCCGGUUCCAUCUUUGCCUUGAUGGCUGUGCUGGACUUCCUCUUCCUGCUGCUGCUGCGCUGGCUGGUGCCGGAUUCGCUCAUCGAUGUUGCGGUGGAUGCCACUGGUCCUAACGGACUUUGGACUCAAACCUGGAAAGGAUAAGAGAAUGUGGGUCCAAGGCACUAUAAACACACAAAAUCGAGUCAAUCCUAGCCCAUAUGAUAGCGUGCAAUGCUGCCUGUUUAGGCAAA